GUCGUCGCCAUGUCCCUCGAACCGUACACGACGUCCUUCGAGGCCGCGGCCGUGCGCGAGCUCCGCAACCUGCUGCCGUGCCGCGUCUUCGUGCUUCCCGACGCUCCCCCCGGCAAAGUCCUUGUCACGCUGACCGCGUCGCACAACAGCGUCGAUCACUUCGUCGUUCAGCUGCUGCAUGGCGUGCUGACACUGCGCACCACGCAUGGGCACCUCACAGGUCAAGUGCUCGUUCAAGUGCAAGUUGACGAGGCCGCGUUGACAGCCACCAAGAUCACAAAUGCUGGCGGCGGGGAUCUUUGCAUGGAUGGCGUGGCGCGCAAAGCGCAAGGAAGCCACUUGUGUCUGGUGCAGGAGGGCCACGGCAGCAUGCACAUGGAGACGCCCGAGCUCUCACUGACGCGCUUUGCAUGCCAUGUCAGCGGUGAUGGCGCGAUUCGAGUUGACGCCGGCGCGCUCAACCUGUGCUCCCUCGACUCGACCGUCUCGGGCCAAGGCAGUAUAUCCGUCUACGCUGAAACCAUCAACACGACAUAUGCAAGCAGCCGCGUGCAAGGCGCCGGCGUCAUCAACCUUGGUGCGCGAAAUGCGUGGCAGGCGACGUCCGUGCAAGCAGCUGUCCAAGGCGCGGGCGUCGUGUGCCUCCGAGGCGCCGGGACGUGCGUCGUCGCCACUGCGACCGUCACGGGGAGCGGCCGCAUUCGAACAGACGCGCUAUCAGCCCACGAGGUUGAUGCGACAGUUUACGGCCCUGGGUCGAUUAUGACGCAGGCCGUGCACGAACUCCGCACUAAGUCCGUCGGUCCCGGUCUGAUUUACUACACAAAGAUGCCGCCAGAAGCGUGCCAUGGUCCGUGCUCGCACUUGUACAAUCCGUCGCCGGUCAUCGUGCCCGAAGCAGUGCCAUUUCCCGACCGUGUGCCCGAUACGAUUGAUGUCGAUAGUUCAAGCUCAUGGGAGUGCAACAUUAUGUAAUGACCACCAGCAUUAUUGGA